AUUCAUUGUUUGAAAAUGGUGAGUUUAGUUUUAAAUUUUUGCAUGUUUGAUGAUUUAUUUAAGGUAGUGAGGUUGCAAUGUAAGACUGGACGUUUCAUUUUGUCCAAUAUAAAGUCCUCCACUACACUGAAGGACCUGCAGGCUGCCAUUAAAGAUAAAACAGAUGUACCACCUGAGCAACAAAAAAUAUUGCACAGUUAUCCUCCAAAAGAGAUCGAGUCAUAUGACAGCAAGUUAACAAUGGCUGACAUUGGCAUCAAGGAUGGAGACACUGUCACUCUGCAAGAGCUUCAGCAACCAAGAGGACACCGACCAAAAAAACAACGACAACCAGUUGCUCAGUUAGAAGCAGAUAAAGAUGUAUUAAUUACUGGAGAAAGUAAAGUUAUUAGUAAUGACACACCAUCAGGUCCACAAUCAUCUUCAUCAUCAUCAUCAGUAUCUAUAGCAAUAGGAGAACUAAAACGAAAAGUUGUCCCGGCAGAUAAUUCCUGUCUUUUUGCAAGUGUAAAUAUACUUGUCAAUGGCAAUACACCAAGCUAUGAACUCCGUGAGAUUGUAUCAUCAGUCAUUGCAUCACAGCCACACAAAUACACUGAUGCAAUGCUAGGGAGACCUAGAGAUGAAUAUGUUCAAUGGAUACUGAAGGAUGUAUCAUGGGGAGGUGGCAUUGAGUUGCUUAUCUUUAGCAAUUUUUAUGAAAUCGAACUUGUUGUCGUUGACAUUCAAACUCUACGCUUGGACAGAUUUGGUAAAGGUUAUUCUUCAAAAGGUUUCCUCAUUUAUGAUGGCAUACAUUAUGAUCCACUGGUUCUCUUAUCUCCUAAUGGUACAAUACUUCAAAGACUAUUCUCACAGUCAAACGAAUCAAUCACAGAAAGUGCUCUAGCUAUUGCAAGAGACUGCAAUCAAGCUAGACAGUUUACUGAUUUAUCUAAUUUCUCAUUAAGAUGCUUAGUUUGUAAUGAAUUGCUCAAAGGAUCAUCAGAUGCUCAAGAACAUGCCACUAAAACUGGUCAUACUAACUUUAGUGAAGUGUAAAGAAUUGAAUUUUACUCAAGCUCAGAUUAAUGAGAUUAUUUAAUUAACUCUGA